AUGGCGGAAACCGAGCGACCAAAAAAACUUCCGCAUGUUCUGCGCAGAAAAAUGGGCAAUACGCAUGUCGAUGAGGCAUACGAGGUCCAGAAAAUUGGGGGUCUCAGAGGCGCAGCGGUGUGGACUAUUGUCGGCGGAUCCGGCAUCUUUGUCGCGCACCACAUCUUCUCGGGAUUCAGAAAGCAGCCGCUAAUGCUUAAGGCAUUAUUAGGCGUGACAUGUACCUCGGUUGGGCUCGUCUUUGGCGCAGAGAGUGCACUGCAGCGCUACGAGCACCGGCAGCGCACGGAAGUCAAUCUCAUCCGCCACAAGGCAAUGCGCGAGUUAGGCCAGCGUGGGAUCAUUGCAAGUGAGCCGGAGAUCCAUCAGUGGCAGGAGGAUCUCAUAGAGGCAGAAAUAGCACUACGACGCCAGCGGAAGGCGAUCGAGACAGGAAAAAUAGAAUAG